CGAUUGUUGUGCGUAUUCAACGUAACGUACUUACAAUGUCAACGGCUAAGUGAUAUAGCGUGAUACCAUGUGCGUGCAUCAAAGAAGUGAUUUCUACUUACUAUUAUGAAAAAUUAAUGAUAGAAAUGCAUUACACGCGUCAUAUUAUCGAAUUUAUAGUUAAAGUUCGAAUGAAUUGAUAUUCGCAACGAUACAAGUGUUGCAAAAUUGGAAUAAUUGAUAGAAAGUUGUCGCGAACCUGUUGGCGUGGUUUGUAUACAUGACAAAAUAUUUUAAUUUCUCUUGAAACGAAUUCUAUAUCAAUUUGAAGAUGACAUCGUUAUCGUUGCUGGCGAGUCACGAUGAAGUGGUUCGAUGUAUGAAUGUACACCUAAACGGAGCUUGCGAAGAAGAAUUUCUAAAGUUUGCUGUAAAUCAGGAAGAAAUGAGACAGAAAUGGUUAGCAUCUAUACAAGAAUGUCAACGUCUUCAUUCAGCUUUAGAGAAAUCUCAUCAAGAGGCAGCUGACUUAGAUAAAAAAUUAAGUCACGCUAGAAGACUUCUAGAUGAAGAGAAAAGGAGAAGGCGUACCGUUGAAGAACAACGAAAUUCAUUGGAAAAACAAAUUGCUAUGGCCAGAGAUCUUUUAUUUAACGAUGGUGGGAGAAAUUUAAACGAUGAAACCCGCGAAAAAUUACAAUUUUUGAAUAACACUACGUUAAAUGGUCGUCACAGUAAUAUAUAUAAUAUAAAGGAUGUACAUCAAAAUGACAAAUUAAAUACUAUAGCGGAGCUGGACUCCACUGGCUCUAUUUUAAGUGACUUAAGUUGCUUUUCGAAGUCAGAAGAUGAUUUAGAUAUUAGUGCAAUCAUUCAACAAAAUCAUAAGAAACGUGAAUGGAAAGAGCACAGACCAAGUGGUGAAUAUUCCACGAAGAAGCGACGUAGUACAGUACAAAAAGCUGCAGAAUUAACUUCGUCUGAUAGAAUAGUAGCCACAACUACAGUAGUGAUGCCAAAAGAUGGCAAUAUCACUGCGUCUUCUGUAAUUGAAGCUAUACCUGGGGAUGAAAACAUAGAUCCACAAGAACCUUUACAUAAUUCGCGUAAAAGGCGUAAAAGUGGUGAUCGUAGUAAAUCAAAAUUAACACCCGUUGAUACAAAUGAUAUUCAAAUGGAUACUGCUCCUUCUGCGCCAAAAAUAGAAGCUCUUACAUCAGGAUCAGAUUCUGAGGGCGUUUUUAAACCUAGUCCAAACAUAGGUGGAUACACUUUAAAUACGAAAUCAGCUAGAGGGCAUAGCUUUGUAGCGAAGACGGUGAUUAAACCGGAAGUCUGUACACCAUGUGACAAGAGGAUUCGAUUUGGAAAGGUAGCCCUGAAAUGUAAAGACUGUAGAGCUACGGCUCAUAUGGAAUGUAAAGACUUAGUUCCAUUACCAUGUGUACCUACUGGAAAUACACCUACACUACGAGGAACAUCAGGAACGAUAGCAGAUUAUACACCGAUGAUCCCGCCAAUGGUACCGUCAUUGGUUGUUCAUUGCAUCAACGAAAUAGAAUUGAGAGGAAUGAGCGAACAAGGAUUGUACAGGGUAAAUGGCGGUUUAACGGAGGUAAAAUGUCUAAAAGAGAAAUUCCUUAAAGGCAAAGGUGCCCCCAAUCUUUCCGAUGUCGAUAUAUCUACCAUAUGUUCUACUCUUAAAGAUUUCCUUAGAUCGUUACGAGAGCCGUUAAUCACUGUCGGAUUAUGGGCAGACUUUGUUCGGGCAACUACUAUUACCGAUAAACAAGAUGCUGAUGCUGCAUUAUACCAAGCAAUUUCUGAACUACCUCAACCUAACAGAGACACGCUUGCCUUCUUAAUCUUGCACUUACAAAGAGUAUCAAGUAGUCCAGAAUGUAAGAUGCCAAUAACUAAUUUAGCUAAAGUUUUUGGGCCUACUUUGGUCGGUUAUAGUUGCCAGAAACCAUCGCCCAAUUCUCUUCUUUCAGAGACAAGUAAUCAAGUUGCUAUAGUGGAAAAUUUAUUGAAAAUACCUUCGGAUUAUUGGGCAAAUUUCGUUAAUCCCGAAAAUCUAAACAAUAUUGGUACUCAUAGAACUGGCGAAUUACAGCAUACACCAUCUCAGGAAUCUUUACUUAAACGCAGCAUUUCCCGUGGCUUCUUUAAUACUCCACUUACUUCUAGUCGGACAUUUAUGAGGAAAAACAAGAAAUACUUCGCGGCAUCUCCCUCUAGAGUAGCUUACUGACAAGAAUAGGAGGCGUAUAUUCUGAGAUUCAUGGAUAGAGAUGAUAAUGAUUUCAUUGACAUCCGGAUCAGCGCACUGAGGCUACAGGAUGCGAGGAUGUACCUGGUUAGUGAGGACAAUCAGGCUCGUGCUGUGCCUGCGUCUGGUCAAGUGAGAGGCAGGAUCUCUCUGGGAAACACCACCUAGAGUCGAAGGAUUCUGAAACAUAUCAUGCUAAAUGCCCUCUCCUAACAUUCCACUCAUCUAUUUCUACCUACGAUUACGUGUAUAUCUCUCUCGUGUAACUGUGUAAUUUUGACAUUGACACCCGCCAGCUAUAAAUACUAGUUCAGAGAUUGUUAUUUGAAAAUAAUUAGUCUGUACGUAAUAAAAUAUCGUCAAAUUCGAGUAGGUAAUAGCCACCGUAAGUGAUUUAUCGAGUGACAAAUAAAUAAGCUUGUGAAAAAAUCGUGCUCUCUUUUUUUAAACUUAAAUUAACCCUCAUGUUACUGUUUGUUGCGUCCUGCGUAUUUAGUACACCACUGAAAGAAUGGCACUGCGUUAAAACUCUUGCAAAACAAAAACUGCGAAAUAAAGAAAAAUAAAGGAAAAUUACAACUCUUUGAUAUUAAACGAACUAAUCGAUAUUCGAAACUAACAAAAGCACCAAAAUUGCGUUACUUAGGCGUCGUACAUCAGGCAUGCGACAGUCAAUUCUAGAGUGCAAAAGUACAGCGCAAUAUGGUACAAAAUAGAUCGUUAGUUAAACCCAAAGUAAAACGCAAUGUUCUAGUUUAG